AUGAGUAACCAGGCACUUCUGGACAAAUUAGACCGUACCACAGAAACCUUAGCCCAAACGUUGUCCCAGCUGGUCAGACUUUCAUCAAUUGAUGACCCUGGCUCAGCAGAUUCAUCAGAAGGAAAUGCCACCGAGAUAUCUAGUUCUUCUACAGCAUCGCUUGCCACAACAAGUAUUUUAAUGGUCCACUCCCAGACUAUGCAACUUAUCAAAGGAAUUCAAGAUCUGUUGAUUAUUACAAGAUCCAUCAGAGAAACAUGGGUUCUAGGACAGGUGCCAGACAAAGAUAAGCAGAGAGAAACCAAGAUGGAUUAUGAAAAAUGUGAAGCAAUGCUGGACCGAGCGCUUAACGAAAUUUUCGGCCCCCCUCGUGCUUGA